AUAUUUGCGCAACAUAUUCCGGUACCACAUGCACAUGCAGCGGGCUUUUUUGCUGACUUUGAAUCGGAAACAAACACAAAGUAAUAAGUAGGCUUAUGAAUUGAAGAUUUCGUGGAGUUUUCUAGUGAUUGAAAAGAGAGCAUCCCAGCUUAUUUGGCAGUGUCGGUCGUGUUUAGAUGACAGCAACUUUUGUGAAGGAAUUCAUUUGUAGGAGGCACCCCAAGGGUACUAGCCUGAUUUCAGUAUUGUUGACAAGAGGGCCAUCCUUGAAUUAUGUCAUCUAACUCAAGCUGUGAGAAAAAAUUGUCAGAUGAAGCAGGUGACUUAUCUUCUUUGAUUUUAAAUGGAAGAGUGGAUAAAAAAAUAUUGAAGAGUUAUGCUAAAAAUGGCCAAAUUGAUUUACCAGACAAAGAGGGUAAAACCCCACUGAUGAUAGCAUGCUUGCAUGGGUUUACAGAAACUGUAAAGUCCUUAUUAGCAAAUGGUGCUGACCCCAACUCCAGAAACGUUCAAGAUGGCAAUACACCGAUGCAUUAUGCUUGCAUGGUAGUAGGGAAAUUUUCUCGUACAUGUAGUAGAUUUCGGCUGGUACCUAAGCAUAGGGUGACCAAGCUUCCGAUUAUAAAGUUGCUUGUAAGUCAUGGAGCAGAAACUGUUCAGGACAACCAGGAUGGAUGGAGCCAAGUCUGUGUAGCUUCAUUGUACCUCCUGACAGAUGUUGUAGACUUCCUCUUAUCACAGGACACUUCGUCUUUGAAGAUCAAGAUCAAUGCCAUGGAAAUACUUGGGAUUUCACAGUCUACUUCAGAUGACCCAAUGACCAACGAUGCGUUACAAACUUUCUCAAAAGCCAUAUCCUAUCGGAAAGAGGCCGGUAUUUCAGAAACAAGCACAUCAGAUCAUACAGGAAUGUUAUCUGGUGGCCCUGUUAAGGCGUGUCUUACACAAGGUGAUCUCUCUGAAUCACCAAUGGCUGUGAAAGGCCAUGCUCUCUGGCUUGGUGAAAGGCUUUUCCCUAAUCAUCUCAAGCGGAGGUAUCUCUACCCGUUAGUUGCUAAAUUCGGAGCUGAGUUGAUGUUUGAUGUGUGUGAGGGUGGCUCUGAUACGCCCAUUUAUGCUGAUGGAUUUCAUAUGUUGUCUUGUGCCCUUGCAUUGGAACGGACAGGUGAAUUGAAGUUAGGAUCCGUCGCAAUGCACCUGGCUUCUGAAAGUGAGAGAGUUGAGAAUCAUCGACAUGCCCCAUUCUAUGUGUGUUCAGAUAAAUUGUUGGGUUCAUACAAAUCCAUUCUGAAUGAAGUACCGAUUGACUCUAUACUUGAUAAUUUGGAAGCUCUAAUAUCAUCUUUUGGCAAAAUACUUUUCUAUGAAGCUUUCUAUUGCUGUGAAAUAAUUGUCUUAAAACCAAUACUGCAAGCAGUGGAGAAGUCAAUGAAAGUUAUCCAUGGCAGAAUCUUCAGGGAAAAAAACGAAAAGUUUGCUGAGAUGCCGCCAGUGACCUACGAAAUAAUGAUACUCCUAUCGGAUGCAUAUGCUGACAGUGAAGAUGAUUUGCCUCCCUGGGGUCCCGAUUGUAUCAAGUAUGUGAUAUUGAAAAUGCUGUUCUAUGAUAAUGCCUCUUACAAGGACAGCCAUGGAUUCACCCUGCUUCACCUAGUAGCACAGUGUGUCGAAAAUACCAUGGACAGUCAUGACAUCCUGCUGGAUCUCACAAGGGCCUUUGUUCGUCACGGAUGUCCUGUAGAUGUGGUCAACAAUAUGGAUGAAACCGCCCGUGGUAUCUUGGAAGACGUUAGACUUAACACCCAUGAGAUUGAUUCGGAGUUUCUGGUGUUAGUGAGCCCACCAACAACAGCACUACGCCUUGAGGAACUGGCAAUCAGAGCAAUCAUAAGACACCACCUCAAUUACAGGGACAUGCUUCCUCCUAGUUUGUGUGACAUGAUAGAAGAUGGAGUCAAAGAAUGUGAAGAAUUUUUAAGAGAUUUUAGCUACUGAAAAUGGGAAUGACAACUUGACAAGUAUCUAUUCUGUCCAUUUCUCUAUUUCUAUACCCAAGGUGCUUACAACUUCUUCAGUAGAUUUUCUCUUUUAUUUGUUAUCAAGGCAUUUCAGUGCACCAAGCUUUGCUAAUACUGUUCCCCCUCCCCCCCCCCCCAUACUGCCCCUUUUGAAUUGUAAGUAUGUGCUUAUACGUUCUGUUUGUUUUGUUUUCUUAAAGAACUGGAGUUUAAAAAGGUCUCCCUAUUUAUGCCUACUUCUGCUAAACCUACAGUGUCUUUACAAUUACUGUAAAGAAUUAUGUGCCACAUUUCAAUAUUUUUCACACAUGGUAUUUUGUUUCUUGUGUCAGUCAAUGUUUCUUUGUCUUGAUAUCAUGAUCGCAAUAAUUAUUUUUUAAGUGUUUGAAUUUAUUAAAACAGUGAAAGUAUGCAUGUAGUAAUUAAUUAAUUGAACCUCCUUUUAUCCCUCUUGAAUCCUGAGUAGGAUUGGUCUGACAAUUGGCAAUGUGGAGUGUUUGCUCAAAGUAUACCUUGGGGAAAGUGGGGAUCAAAAAGGUUUAGACAGUCAUGGACAUUAUAUAUCAUUUUUCAUGACUGGUGUUGUAAGUGCUGCCGCCUCUGCCUAUUGUUACAACUAUUGAUUUUAUGACUUUUUGUCAACAAGCAGAUGCCUAGAUUCAAUGAUAAAAAUCAGUCAAUAUUUGAGCCAAAAAAUAUUUUGAGGUAACGAUAGUAUUAUUUUUUAUCAUCAUAUUUCAGGGACAGAAGCCCAUUAUCAAUUAAUGUGAGCAUGCUUCCUGCUAAAUUGAGUCAAUGAAGCAGGAAGCAUGUUCACAUUUGACAAACUGUCAGCUUACCAUACAUUCUUAGUGGUUUUGUUCAUAGGCAAGCUGAAGCGUAUACUACAUGUGCGGAACCCACCCGGGGCUUGUCUUACAAAGAGAUGGGAUUGAUCCGAUCAACCACAAAUCUGAAAAGCCAGCAACAACAACAUCUAACAUGCAUGUUUGUUCAAAUUUUUUUCUAGAUGUGGUGUGUUUUCAUACAUUCACUGUUUUCUUGACAAUUAACAUUUCUAUUUUGUUUUCAAAGGACAUUGUGCACAUUUCCUAAAGAAAAAAAUAUGACAUUGAUGGAUUUCCAUAUUCUUGAGGUUGAUCAGAUCAUGGUCCAUGAUCAGAUCAAUUGUAACUCUUUGGAAGAUGGGGCCCUGAUGGUUUGUCACCUUGAAAAUGCAUGAAAGAUACAUCAACAUUGUGAUGAUGAUCAUGGUUUAGGUAAAGAAUAACCUCCUAAAUAUUAUGACAGUGACCUUGAUGCUGAUUUUUGGAAGAGGGAAACUAAAAAUACAAUUUGAAAAUAUUGCAGUUGUUGGUAUUCAUCACAAAAGCUUUAGAUCAAAUUUUCUUGGAAAAGCCCCCCAUAAAACUCAAGAGGUUGAAAAACAGACAAAUACAUCAGAAAUUGAAUUGAAGUAACAAAUGAAUUUCAAAGGAAUAUAAAGAAGUAUUACAAAUUCUCCUUUUAGAAGUACUGACAAAAGCACACGAUGUCACGUUAUUCACGUGGGGGUGACACAGAUCAUCCCCUCUGAACAAUAGGUGUGCUACUUGAAUGUAUGGCAAUGAAUACAAGCACCAAGUUCUUAGGGCAAAAAGCCAACAAACAGCUUUCCUUUUGUUAGGAAUCAUAACCAUGGCUCAUUGUAACUUCUCAACACCACGCUACCUGACCCUUUGCUAAAGUUGUUUCCUACUUCCUGAUUUCAACCAAGUCCUUCAUUCCUCCUUUUAAUCAGUCUCAGAUUCCACAUGCUCAUAGAUAUCACUGUAGAUACAGUAUUGUUUCCUACUUUCUGAUUUCCCAGUUUAUUUCAACCAAGUCCUUCAUUCCUCCUUUUAUUCAGUCUUAGACUCCACAUGAUCUGAGAUAUCACUGUAGAUACAGUAUUGUUUCCUACUUUCCCAGUUUCUGUCAACCAAGUCCUUCAUUUCUUCUUUUAUCCAGUCUUAGACUCCAAAUGCUCUGAAAUAUCACUGUUUGAUGUCGGUGUCAAUUUCAUAACCCUAAAGGUGUGAACCAAAUCCUGUUUGCUGGUAAACUAGUGCUUUUGGAGAAAUGCAUGUACAUGUAAUGUAUUUUGCAAUCCAGAAAGAUCUGAUUUGUAUUAUAAACAUUUUUACAUUGCAGAAUCACAGAAAGAUAUGUUCAGGGGAACUGAUUGUUCUUUUUCCCUUUUCUUGUUUGCUUUCAGCCUCUGAUAUGUAGGAAGCAUUCCCCCUUAAUGUGUCAUCAUUGGAUCAAGUGAGAUACAUGAAUUAUGGCUUCUACUUCAAGCUGUGAGGAAAUUGCUUCAGAUCAAGCAGGUGACUUACCUUCUAUGAUAUUGAAAGGAAAAGUGGAUGAGGAUGUUUUGAAGGAUUAUGCAAAAGAUGGUCAUAUUGAUUCACCAGACAAAGAGGGUAAAACCCCACUGAUGAUAGCAUGCUUGCAUGGUCUUACAGAUACUGUAAAGUCCUUAUUAGCCCUUGGGGCUGACCCCAACUCCAGAAAUGUUAAAGAUGGCAAUACCCCAUUGCAUUAUGCAUGCAUGGUGGUUGAACCUUUAGAAGAGGAUUCUCUAUCUGGAAGUUAUUACAGUCCAUCAAAGUGGAUGACAGCCAAGCUUGCAAUCACAGUGCUGCUUGUAAGUCAUGAAGCAGAAACUGUCAAGGACAAUCAGGAUGGCUGGAUCCCUGUUUAUGUUGCUUCAUUAUAUCAACUGAUAGAUGUUGUUGACUUCCUCUUAUCAAAGGAUGUAUCUUUAGCGGUGAAAAUCAAAGCUACUGAAAUACUUGGUGUUUCACUGACGACGUUAGAUGAUCAUGCACGUGAAGGAUUCCACUCAUUCUUGCAAGUUCUGUCUUUUUGCCAAGAGGCAAGAGGUCUUCUAGAAAACUCGCCGGAUACCUCAGAAUUGGAAACAUGCUUCUCCAAAGUCUCCCUGAAAGAGUUUCACUCCCAAGAAGAAAUGAAAUCAGUUGAGGGGUCAGAAUUUGCUAUCACUGGCCAUGCCUUUCUGCUUGGAGAGAGGCUAUUCCCUGAUCAUCUGAAACGGAAAUAUCUCUACCCAUCUCUUGCUAAAUUUGCAAGUGAUUUGAUGACGGGUGUUGGAGAAAUGUGUGAUGAAGGGUUUGAGAUAUUGUCUUACAUUGUAGGGUUAGAGCAAAGGGGUGAAUUGAAGUUUGGGUCAGUAGCAUUCCACCUGGCUGAAAACAGUAAUUCAAUCGUGUUGGAGGAUGAGGAAGCGACUCUGCAAUUUAGGCAGUGUGCAAGGCAAUUGUUGCAUUCAUAUGAAUCUAUCCUUCAUGAUGUACCAGUAGACACUCUGGAAGAUAAUAGUAAAACUUUCAUUGAAAGCUUUGGUGAAAUACUGUUUAAUGAUGCAUUCUAUUGCUCAGACGUUGAAUUCUUGAAAUCCUUGCUGCAAGUUGUAGAGAAUUCUUUGAGAGUCAUCCAUGAUAGAAUCCUGAGGGAAGACCCGGAUAAGUACCCCGAAGUGCCUUCAGUGACCUUCAAGAUCAUGGAACUUCUUGGAGAAGCAUAUGUUGACAACAUGUAUUCCGGAAUGGGUUCAAGAAGCCUUUUGAGAGUAAAGUUUGUUAUAUUCAAGCUUUUAUUCUUUGAUAAUGCUUCCUAUAAGGACACCAGUGGGUGUACUGUGCUCCACCUAGUUGCACACUGUGUCCAAACUGCCAGAGACCUGGACGAUCUGAUGGAUCUUGCCAAGGUAUUUAUACGACAUGGAUGUCUAGUUGAUGUGGUGAAUAACAAAGACGAAACUCCCCGUAGUAUCUUAGAAGAGUAUGAAAUGGACGAUUAUGCAAUUGAUUCAGAGUUUCUGGAGAUAGUGAGCGCUCCAACGACAGUACUUCGCCUAGAAGAGCUGGCCAUCAGAACUGUCUUAUGGCAUCACAUCAAUUUUAGGGACAAAAUUCCUCCAAGUUUAUGUGAGAUGAUUGAAGAAGGAGUCAAGGAUUGGGAUCUAGAAAGGUGUAGUAAUGGCACGGAAAAGAGAAGUGAGGAUGAUAGCAUGGCUGAGAGCAAGGAUAGUGAGGAUGAAAGUGAAAACGACGAAGGAGACGAUGAGGAUGAGAGGGACAUUGAAGGAGUCAAGGAUUGGGAUCUAGAAAGGUGUAGUAAUGGCACUGAAAAGGGAAGUGAGGAUGAUAGCAUGGCUGAGAGCAAGGAUAGUGAGGAUGAAAGUGAAAUCGUUGACGAUGAGGAUGAGAGGAUCGUUGACGAUGAGGAUGAGAGGGUCGUUGACGAUGAGGAUGAGAGGAUCGUUGACGAUGAGGAUGGGAGGGUCGUUGACGAUGAGGAUGAGAGGGUCGUUGACGAUGAGGAAAAGGGAAGUGAGGAUGAUAGCAUGGCUGAGAGCAAGGAUAGUGAGGAUGAAAGUGAAAACGACGAAGGAGACGAUGAGGAUGAGAGGGACAUUGACGAUGAGGAUGAGAGGGAUGUUGACGAUGAGGAUGAGAGGGAUGUUGACGAUGAGGAUGAGAGGAUCGUUGACGAUGAGGAUGAGAGGAUCGUUGGCGAUGAGGAUGAGAGGGUCAUUGACGAUGAGGAUGAGAGGAUCGUUGACGAUGAGGAUGAGAGGGUCGUUGACGAUGAGGAUGAGAGGGUCGUUGACGAUGAGGAUGAGAGGAUCGUUGACGAUGAGGAUGAGAGGAUCGUUGACGAUGAGGAUGAGAGGAUCGUUGACGAUGAGGAUGAGAGGGUCGUUGACGAUGAGGAUGAGAGGAUCGUUGAUGAUGAGGAUGAGAGGGACGUUGACGAUGCGGAUGAGAGGGACGUUGAUGAUGAAGAUGAAAGUGAUGAUGAUGAUGAUAGUGAGAAGGAUAAUUAUCGGUGUACUGUGCUCCACCUAGUUGCACACUGUGUCCAAACUGCCAGAGACUUGGACGAUCUGAUGGAUCUUGCCAGGGUAUUAAUACGACAUGGAUGUCUAGUUGAUGUGGUAAAUAACAAAGGCGAAACUUCCCGUAGUAUUUUAGAAGAGUAUGAAAUGGACGAUUAUGCAAUUGAUUCAGAGUUUCUGGAGAUAGUGAGCGCUCCAACGACAGUACUUCGCCUAGAAGAGCUGGCCAUCAGAACUGUCUUAUGGCAUCACAUCAAUUUUAGGGACAAAAUUCCUCCAAGUUUAUGUGAGAUGAUUGAAGAAGGAGUCAAGGAUUGGGAUCUAGAAAGGUGUAGUAAUGGCACGGAAAAGGGAAGUGAGGAUGAUAGCAUGGCUGAGAGCAAGGAUAGUGAGGAUGAAAGUGAAAACGACGAAGGAGACGAUGAGGAUGAGAGGGAAAUUGACGAUGAGGAUGAGAGGGAUGUUGACGAUGAGGAUGAGAGGGUCAUUGAUGAUGAGGAUGAGAGGAUUGUUGACGAUGAGGAUGAGAGGGUCAUUGAUGAUGAGGAUGAGAGGGUCAUUGACGAUGAGGAUGAGAGGGUCGUUGACGAUGAGAGGGAUGUUGACGAUGAGGAUGAGAGGCUCGUUGAUGAGGAUGAGAAGGUCAUUGACGAUGAGGAUAAGAGGAUUGUUGACGUUGAGGAUGAGAGGGUCGUUGACGAUGAGGAUGAGAAGGUCGUUGAUGAUGAGGAUGAGAGGGACGUUGACAAUGAGGAUGAGAGGGUCGUUGACGAUGAGGAUGAGAGGGACGAUGAGGAUGAGAGGGUUGUUGAUGAUGAGGAUGAGAGGGUCGUUGACGAUGAGAGGGAUGUUGACGAUGAGGAUGAGAGGCUCGUUGAUGAUGAGGAUGAGAAGGUCAUUGACGAUGAGGAUAAGAGGAUCGUUGACGUUGAGGAUGAGAGGGUCGUUGACGAUGAGGAUGAGAAGGUCGUUGAUGAUGAGGAUGAGAGGGACGUUGACAAUGAGGAUGAGAGGGUCGUUGACGAUGAGGAUGAGAGGGAUGAUGAGGAUGAGAGGGUUGUUGAUGAUGAGGAUGAGAGGGACAAUGAGGAUGAGAGGGACGAUGAGGAUGAGAGGGACGAUGAGGAUGAGAGGGUCGUUGACGAUGAGGAUGAGAGGGUCGUUGACGAUGAGGAUGAGAGGGACGUUGACGAUGAGGAUGAGAGGGACGAUGAGGAUGAGAGGGACGAUGAGGAUGAGAGAGUCGUUGACGAUGAUGAUGAGAGGGUCGUUGAUGAUGAGGAUGAGAGGGUCAUUGAGGAUGAGAGGGAUGUUGACGAUGAGGAUGAGAGGGACGUUGAUGAUGAAGAUGAGAGCGAUGAUGAUGAUUAGAGUGAGGAGGAUAAUUGAUUUUUCUCUGCAGGGUUUGGCGGUAAAUACCGGUAGUGGUAAUUACCGGUGGUAAAUACCGUCCGGUAUUUAGGAUGGGCGUCCGGUAAAUUUGUAAAAAACAGGAAAUAAGAUUUAUAAUUCUUUUUUUUUAAUGAUUUUAGUUGUUUUUAACCUCAACAAAUGAAAAUAGUGUUCUGAAAUAAUUAGAAUCACAAAACUCAUAGUAGAAACACACAAACAGAUAAAAUCCAUACUGCAUACAUGUACAUACCCAAACACACAUAGGAUCUAAGUCCACACAUACGUACACAAACUCAAAUUAUGUUCCUGGAAAUUGAAAAAUCAUAUUAAAACAUAAACAAAUAUUUCUCCCGGGGUUUAACUUUUUACAUGCCAUUGUAUCUCAUUACAAUAUGAUUUUUGUUUUUAAGUGUGAAUAAAGCUCAGUAUUCUACUGUAUGUAAGGAGUUUUAGUGUGUACAUGUAUCAGUGUGUACUAGUGGUUGCUGGUUUUUUAAGUUAGAUAUUGCUUACAGAAAAAGAUCUUUUUGUAGCCUAAAUAAUUACACAACUCGGAUUAUGCCAUUUUUAAUGUUGCAAUUCUUUUAAUAAAACUUUUAAAAGAAGUUUAACAAACAAAGCAAACACAAAAAUUAAAAAGCAUAACUUAUACAAAUGUACACAAAAGUGGAAAGAGGUAUCAAAAGUUGUUUCCUUUAAGAAAUACAAGGCAAAAGCGAUUUUGUGUCUCGCCCACUUAUGAAAAUAACCAGAAAUUUGUGAUUUGCGAUGGCACACAACAGAAUUGUAUCGAAACUUCAUUUUGAAAUGACUGGGAUGGAAUAACACUUGACAUAAGAGCCUUGCACGUAAACUUUUAUGUUGACCUGAAAAUGACCUUUGACCUUACCAUGUGACCUCCAACUGCAGCAUAACAUGCAUGUCCCCCAAGUCCAUCUACCAUCCAAGUUUGGUUGAAAAGUGACUUACAGUUGCGGAGUUAGGUGUCAUAAGAGAGUAUUGCAUGUAAACUUUAACGUUGACCUGAAAAUGACCUUUGACCUUACCAUGUGACCUCUGACUGUAGCAUAACAUGCAGGUCCCCCAAGUUCAUCUACCAUCCAAGUUUGGUUGAAAAGAGACUUACAGUUGCAGAGUUAGGUGUCAUAAGAGAGUCUUGCAUGUAAACUUUAACAUUGACCUGAAAAUGACCUUUGACCUUACCAUGUGACCUCUGACUGCAGCAUAACAUGCAGGUCCCCCAAGUCCAUCUACCAUCUAAGUUUGGUUAUGCACAUUGAGACAAGGAUAUCCUCGAUAUACAUGUAUGACGAAGAAGGAUAUAGCACUGAUUUUGUUCAUAUGCCAAUACAAGUUUAUGCUCAUUAAUACAUGUACAUGUAGGUAUUCAUGAAUAUGGUAAUUAUUGACUGACUUAAUGAAGAACAUCAUAUCUAAAUUAGAUGUAUAUUUGGGAUCUGUUUAGUAUUUUAUUGUAUUUUUUCCAGCAUUUCAUGAUAACAGACAUAGAUAACACACAAACAAACACACUCACACAAAUGGUACACCAGAGCAACCAUACUCACCACCUUUGUUUUUAUGUUCAAAAUUUGACAAUCCCUAUAGAAAAGUGAGUGGAAAAUUAUAUUUCCCGGUGAAAAAUGGUAAAUACCGGAAAAAAGCGGUAAAUACCGCUUAUUUCCCGGCGUCCGGGAAAUAAGCCUCCGAAGCGGGAAAUAUGCCAACCCUGUUUCUCUGUGCCAAUCAUGAAUGAAUACAAGGAGCCUGUUGCAUAAAACUUUGCCAUGAAAAACUCUGGCAAAGAAACAAAAGUCUUACAAAAAAAUGCCAGCUUUUUUUAUGCAACAGGCCCAAAGACUUUCUUUGGCUAUUGUAGGCUAAAUUCGAACUUUAAGACCACUGAAGUUUCUUGAAGAAAAGUCAAGGAUCCACAAGGGGACUUGAGUUGUAGGUUAUGUUCCUUGGUAGGUUGAUGUAGCAAAAGAACCGUAAAGAGCUGGGUAAAAUACCUUUGGGCAUUGCAGGUAAUAUCGGAUAUCAAGGCUUGCCGUUGAUGAUCAUGUGUUGGAUCACGUUGUGUCAGUCUAACGGUGUAUGGCCAAAACCCAGAUAAUCUGUAAGCUCUUUAGAUUAUUAAUAAUGGUCCCAGGACAGUGUCAAUGCUUAAGUAUUAUUAUUGUUAUUGUACGUGACUCUUUUUCAAUCUAAAAAUUUGAGGUUUUGUUGAUUAUAAUGAUACUAAGAAGAGAUGCAAGAAACGUCUGACAGAGCUGCCAAUCCCAUUUUUUUUUGCAAUUAAGUUUUUGCUACCAAAUUAAGGCAUUACAUGUUUAUUCUUCAUUAAGAUACAAAUUCUUAUUUCAUUAUUUUCUUAUUUCAUUUCAGUUGAAGCGCCGUGGUGUAGUGGUUCUGACUCUCGCCUUGUAAUCAGAGGGUCGUGUGUUCGAAUCCCACCACGGUCUAGCGUCCUUUGGCAAGGCGUCAAUCCGCACUUUGCCACUCUCACCCAGGUGCUAAUUGGGUACCGGUAGGAAACAACCGUCAUUGUGGUUGGUUUAGCAAGUUUGCUAUGAAUCCAGUGACCUGGUAAUAAUAAUUGUGAAGCGCUUUGAAAAGUCGUAGAUUGAUAAAGCGCUAUAUAAAUGCCAAUUAUUAUUUUCUUUAGAGAGAUUUUCACAUUAAGAAAAUUGUUUUCUCUAUUUCACAAGAAUAGUUGAUUGGAUGAAUGGUAUUUCAUCAAGGUCAAAUGUCAUUUAGGGGUCAAUGUUUAAAUAUAAAGUUUUAGGAAUCACUGAAUACAGUUUGCUAUUCCCAGAGGCUGACAAGAAUAUGUCAACAUGACUCUUAAAACUUUUAAAGGGUCGUGUUGACAAAUGCCCUUUUUUUCGUUUGAAAUGUCUUCUCUUUUGGGGCCAUUAUGAUUCCUUUUUGAUGGGGGGAGGGGGUUGCACAAUGUUGACAGCUUUGCUGUAGACUACCGCUAUCAUGGAUUUUCUAUUUUUUAUUAGUUUAUUUUCAUUUUAUUUUGAACUAAAUUGAUAUAGGCCUGUCAUGGUUUGAAACAUAGGCAUAUAUGAAGCCCGAGACGCUUACGAUGCAUUAACCCAGAGAGCUCCGGCCCGCUUGAUGCAUACAGUUUUGUAUGUCAUGGUAGCAUAAACAAUCACUAAAUCAUGGACAUUAAAGUGUCUGUACAAAUAUAUUGUAUUAAGUUUCCAUUGUCACAUGACACUGUAGAUUGAUCGUGACCAAAAAUGUUUCUUUUCAUGUCAAUAACUCAUUACAACUUACGAUUUGUGAGAAUUGUUUUUAUUUUUGUUAUUUGUGUACGCGUUAUACCGUGUGCUUACUCAACUCUUUAUUCUUGUUUAUGUACUAGUAAUAAGUGUUUGUAUGUGUACUUGUAUUCACUUUGUAAAUGGCGUAGAUGUAAUCAUUUGUUUAUUAGUUUGAAAUAGACAGACAUGAGACGAAUACCAAAUUAUACAGAUGAAACAUAAAAUGAUUUGUUUUUAUAUGCCACUCAUGUUCACUAUGAAGCGAUAUUCAUAAACACCUUGUGUUUCUGUACUGGAGAAAUUGAUAUCAUCCAAUUAAAUACCAUGUAUUGCAUACGCAACCAAGAAGUGACAUUUCAAAAGGAAUUCAUGGACUGUUGAAAGCAAUAAUGUUGAUGCACAGUACAUAGCAUUGAAAAUAAAGAAUUAUCUGGACCUAAGAAA